CAUUGUACACAUGGGAAAGAGGUAACAUUAUACUUGUUUUAUUUGACAUUAAAGUAUUUCACUCGAUUUUUGGUAUGGCGCUUCUAAGGGACAACUUUAAUCACGUGGGCCGUCAUGCGGAAGUGAUUCAAUGGUUGUCUCCUUCGUCGAGAUCUAUGUGCUUGUUUACGAAAGCAAAUAUCUAAGAUAGUCACAACUAUCGGUGGCACUUAGUUGUCCUAAAUCCAUACAUUGUAUACUGCUUGUCCCUUUUGGGGUGGGUGCUGGAGUCUAUCUCAGCUGCAUUCGGGCGAAAGGCGGGGUACACCCUGGACAAGUCGCCAUCUCAAAUCUUCCAACAACAACAAAAAGUGAGCAGACGUCGAGUCACAAAGCAACUAAGAUGUCGUCGGAGGAAUUUGAGAAGUUGCACGAAAUGUUCAAGUCAUUGUAUGAGGAGUUGAAGCUAAUGCCGGACAGGCUGCUAAGAAGCCAUGCAGAGGAGAAGAAGAGCAUGCUGAGGGCUUUCGACGAGAGGAAGGGCGAGGCUGAGGAAAUUCUACAAGGAAUGGAAGAAGAGCUGCAGGAUGCGCCGCAGUCGUUCAAAAAUCCGAUGAGGACAAAGCUGCGCUUGUACCAACGGGACCUGGCCAAGCUGCAGAGGGACAUGAAAAACUCUAACCCGGGUUCUGCGCAGUCAGAUGGAAGUCACUUUGGCGUAUAUUCAUCACAAAACCAACAAAGUACGAACUUACAGUCGCAGAGGGCCUUGCUCCUGCAGGGCACCGAGUCUCUGAACAACGCCAGCCAGAGCAUCGAGCGAAGUCAGCGCCUCGCCGCCGAGACGGAGCACGUCGGCACGGACAUCAUCGAGGAGCUGGGAGAACAACGGGAACAACUGAACCGCAGCAGGAACAGAUUGGUGAAUACAGGAGAGAACCUCAGUCGGUCGCGGAAGAUCCUUCGUUCUAUGUCUCGGCGGCUCAUGACAAACAAGCUCCUGCUGGGUGUCAUCAUCCUGAUGGAACUCGCCGUCCUGGGCGCUGUCGUUUACCUCAAAUUCUUCCGACGAUGAGAACAGUAGUCCCCGGACCAGGUUCCAGGUCAAAUCUUCCCCUGACUUGACGCUGAAAUUCCUCAUGGACCGAGCCACCAGAGGCCAAUGAAAACAUUUAUGACAGACUAAGUCCCUCGGACCACCGAAUGUUUUUUCAAGUGACACUGGAUGCACAAACUGGAAGCCUGCAUGAUGACCUCUGAUUGGCUCAGCAGCUUCGAUGAGGUAAUCGCCAACUUGCUGAUUGAUACUUGUUAUGCUUACUCAGUUGAAGCACACUUAAUUAUGAUUUCUAUUUCUCAGCUGUGAUAACACAAGCCACUAUUUGUCUUACUAAAUGUUGAGUAGGCACUGCAAUGAAAUGCAUGCUUGCUUCUUUUGCUUGUUUAUACAGACUAAAACUACAGUAUUUUUCAGAGUAUAAGUCGCUCCGGCCGAAAAUGCAUAAUAAAGAAGGAGAAAAAACAUAUAUAACUCGCACUGGAGUAUAAGUCGCAUUUUUGGGGGAAAUGUAUUUGAUAAACCCCAACACCAAGAAUAGACAUUUGAAAGGCAAUUUAAAAUAAAUAAAGAAUAGUGAACAACAGGCUGAAUAAGUGUACGUUAUAUGAGGCAUAAAUAACCAACUGAGAACGUGCCUGGUAUGUUAACGAAACAUAUUAUGGUAAGAGUCAUUCAAAUAACUAUAACAUAUAGAACAUGCUAUACGUUUACCAAUCUGUCACUCCUAAUCGCUAAAUCCCAUGAAAUCUUAUACGUCUAGUCUCUUACGUGAAUGAGCUAAAUAAUAUUAUUUGAUAUUUCACGGUAAUGUGUUAAUAAUUUCACACAUAAGUCGCUCCUGAGUAUAAGUCGCACCCCUAUGAAAAAAACUGCGACUUAUAGUCCGAAAAAUACGGUACCUACUUUUUUUUAAACCAGCCUUCUCAUCGCGGCGGUACCUCGACUUAAGAGUGCUUUGAGAUAAGAGAAGUCUUUUGGCUAAUUAUAAUGGUUUAAGUUGCAAGCAAAAACUUAAGAAGCAAGGCUCUCUGCUAUUAGUUGGCGUAGCAAAUGCAAUACUCAAAACACUAUAAUAGUGUUUUACUCACUAGCAAUAGCUUACAGCUAGAGAUGGACAUCACUUUGUUUCUCCAACCAUGACAAAGUGACUGUACGUUGAUUUGAGAAGCAAAUGUUUUUAGUUAAAAGCUUCUUUACAGAACCAAUUUAUGCUUGUAAGUUGUUUUACACAUCCUUAUAUCAUCACCGAGCACACGUAUUUCCCUGUUGGAGCCAAUGAUUCAUGACGGCAAAGGAAGUCGUUUCCCCUUACGUUGAAUGAGCCAUUCCUUUAAUCAAUCCGAUAAUCAUCAAUGAUGUUUGCAGAAAUAAUAAAGUUUCCUCAGAGUACCCGCCGCCUCUUGUUGAUCAAUGUCCAACAGAAACACCUCACCUGCUACUGAAAAUGGAUUAGAGAUGGUUUCAUCUUUGUCGGAUUUUCGCUAAAAUUUGCAAAACUACACCUCAUAUACAGUACAGGCCAAAAGUUUGGACACAUUCUCAUUAAAUGUGACUAUUUAGAUUGUCACUGAAGGCAUCAAAACUAUGAAUGAACACGUGGAGUUAAGGUCAAAUAACUGAAAACAUGUUUUAUAUUGUAGUUUCUUCAAAAUAGCCACCCUUUGCUUUGAUUACUGCUUUGCACACUCUUGGUGAGCUUCAAGCACACCGGUGAAGUGAAAACCAUAUCAGGCGACUACC